CUGAUGAUCCUGAUCAUGUUCUCGUACAACGACGACACAAACCAGACUCCACAACCAUCAUCAACCAGAAAGCUAGCCAAAACCUCUACCUCACUACAACACCGCCCCCACCCGCAAGAUGCCAUCCGACGCCGCCUACUGGCUCGUAUCAGCCCCACUCAAGAACGGCGACGACAACGACCUCUUUCGGUCCAUAAAGACGGUCGUUACCGAUAACACCCUCAUCGGGGGGCUCGAGUUGCCCAGUCUCAAGGCCGGGACACUCUCCUCCCUCUUGACACUCAGCGACGCUUUACCUAAACACGACGCCUACUUCACCUCGGUCGUCGCCAAGCUACUCGAUACCAUCAAAUCCCUCGCAGCCGGUUCCGCCCAAUCCCAAUCCCAAUCCGCAUCCCAAUCCCAAUCUCAAUCCGACAAGGACAAACUAGAAUCCUACGCCCGUAUCAACGACCUCCCCCCGACUCAAUACCUCAUCCCGCACUCCGGAGCUCGUCAAGGGUGGACCUGGGACGCCGCGAGGUGGGGCCAGGAUGGGAAAGUGAUCGAUGUCGUCGAGGCGCUCGUCAAGGAGAUGAACAGUAUAGAUUCGAUCCAGAAGCAAAAGGUCCAGGGGUAUAAUCUGGCCAAGGGGAGUUUGGCGGGGAUGCAGAGGAAGAAGAUGGGAAACUUGUCGACGAAAUCCCUCGUCGGGAUAGUUUCCAAGGAAGACGUCGUCGUCGAUAGUGAAUACCUCGAGACUCUGCUCGUCGCCGUGCCCAACAACCUCGUACGGGAUUGGAAGGAAAAGUAUGAAAGGCUUACUACGAUGGUCGUACCUAGGAGUAGCUCGGAGAUCACCAAGGACGACGAGUACACCCUCUUCAACGUGACCGUCUUUAAAAAGGUCAAGGACGAAUACCUGCACAAGUGCCGUGAACACAAGUUCUUGGCGAGAGAGUUUGCGUUUGAUGACGAGGCUGAACAGCGUCAACAGCAAGAGAUGGAAGAGGCGUCGGCGGAGGAGAAGGAACUUUGGACCGACCUCCUGCGACUGUCGAGGACCAACUUUUCCGAGGCGUACCAGCUGCUCGUACACUUGAAGGUCGUCCGGCUGUACGUCGAGAGCGUAUUGCGGUACGGUCUACCGGCAGACUAUUCCGCCAUCGUGUUACAGCCCGAUUCGAAGACCUCGUUGAAGACCCUGAAAUCGCUCUCGUCCUACUUCCAAUUCCUCGCAUCAAAAGAACGCGGGACCGGGAAAAAGGCGUCGGGAACGGGUGGCAACAACGACGAGGUCGCUGGCGAGUGGGGUGCGGUGAUGGAGCAAGAGUAUUACGAUUUCGUCCUGUUCGAAGUGCCCAAGGUGGUCACAUGAUCGAGCGAUAUUUUCUUGCUUUUUGUGAUGACGAUAGAAGGACGGAUGGUUUGUUGUAACGUCAUGGGAGUUUGGCAUCUCUCGGUCUCUAGUUUUACCUUCUUAGCCGAAGAUUUUGUUUGGUUUGUUGCUUGCCGUGAAAGCGUAUGACAUCUCGAUAUAUACCUCGAAUUUGACAUUGCCACUUAUAUCAAAC